AUGGAAUACGAUGCUUCGACCCUCAAUGGGGCGCCCGUCCCGGAUAAGGUCAACCAUGAGAAGAGCACGGCCGGCUCGAGUCGAGGUCGCAUAAGGGUUCACGGCAAGCCCAUGGAUGUCUCCAUUCUCAACGAGCCCGUCACGUUCGGGUUCUCGGGUCGAACUGCAAAGAAUAGAUUCCUCAAGGCGCCUAUGACCGAAAGGCUGUGCCAUUGGCCCAAGGAGGGCGAGGAUAUCUCAGGCCGAGGCGUACCUAGUCCCGAGUAUCUCAACCUGUACAGACGAUGGGGCGAGGCCGAAAUCGGCAUCAUAGUCAGUGGCAACAUCAUGGUCCGGUACGACGCUGUCGAAGCAUAUGGCAAUCCCAUCCUCGUUGACGAUCAUGACGGCCGUCUCGCCAAGUUCAAGGCAGUCACCGACGCCGCAAAGGCCCAUGGGUCGCUUGUCAUUGCCCAACUCUCCCAUCCGGGAAGGCAGGGCGGCAAGUACCUCAACCCGAACCCUGUCAGCGCGAGCGACGUGCAAUUGGCCAUCAAGUGGGCAGGAAAUGAGUUCAACAAGCCCAGACCAAUGACCAUUCCGGAGAUUAAAGAAAUGGUCAAAAGCUGGGGCGAGACGGCGUAUCUGUGCUGGAAAGCCGGGUUCGACGGCAUUCAAGUGCACUGCGCCCACGGCUACCUCCUGGCCCAAUUCCUGAGUCCCACCACGAACCGCCGCACUGACGAAUACGGUGGGGACCUGAACAACCGCUCUCGCAUCGUCUUCGAGAUUAUUGACGAGAUCCAUCGCCGUGUGCCGGACCCGUCAUUCAUCCUCUGCGUGAAGCUCAAUUCGGUCGAGUUCCAGGACAAAGGCACCACGCCCGAGAACGCCCGGGACCUGUGUCUGAAGCUGGAAGAGGCGCGCGUUGACUUUGUCGACUUGAGCGGCGGCACGUUUGAGGGUCGAGCAUUUCAGCACAAGAAGGAAAGCACCAAGGCGCGCGAGGCGUACUUUAUUGAGUUUGCCGAGAUGAUCAGGCCGCUCCUCAAGAAGACGAAGGUGUACAUCACAGGCGGGCUGAGGACUGCGGUGGGCAUAGUUCGAGCCGUCGAAUGCGGCGCGUGCGACGGGGUGGGAAUCGGCAGACCGUUUGCCCAAGAGCCGUACUUUUCCAAAGAGAUUCUGAGCGGGAGGAUCACCGGCGCCAUUGAGAACUUUUCGCCAUUGCCUCUGAACACGAACUCGAGUGGCACGCAAAUACAUCAGAUUGGGAAAGGGCACGAGCUGAUCAGUGACUGGAGUGACGAGAACGAGGUCAAGCGCUGGAUGGACGCAGAUGAGAAGGAGGUCGAGAGGAAGGCCAGCAUCUUGCCCGUCGUCGACAGCUCGGGCUACCCGCCGCUCAAGGCGGAAAUUGGCUUUGCCUAUCUCGAGACUUGA